GUAACUUGCGUUGCCUGAGCACGUCUCCGCGACAGCGCUGCUGGAAAGACCGGCUUGGUCCCGCUUUUGAAGUUGAAUUUCCUCCCAUCCCACGUCGGCUGCUGCCUAGCGACCAAGCCUUCCGCUGUGCCGCCCGAGGAAGAAUCGUGACCGAGAUAUAUGGAGAGCGAAGUCGAACACAGCAAUCAUCAGAUAGCGACACCCGAAUCUGUCAGGUUGAAGAACUCGAUCUACCAUAAAGAGUAGGCUCAGAACAGCCAAAGGCUAAAAGAAUGGACACAGAGUCAGGCCGCCGGCAUAUGACGGUCAGUAGGCGCAGCAGCAAUGCCUCAUGAGAAAUGACUCCUACGUCUUGGACCAAUGAAGACAAACAAUCAAAAAGCAAGACAGUCCAAAGCCGAAGAAAACAGUGACGAGAGGAGACAUAUGAGGCUCUGUCAUGAUGGUGGUACCUUUUCGGACACCGCACCCACAGAGCUGGGUCCCCACAGCCGCGUAGAGGCUUUCACAAAUGGUAUAACAGAUGUCGCUUUCCACUUUUUUCUCGUCUCACAUCAGCAACCACACUUCACGAGUGUGUCUAAUAUGGACGCUCUUGCACGUUUCAAUCACAGCUUGAGCUGGACUCGCUCAUGGCUCGCAGCUCAUCAGCAAGAGACAACCGAAGACGACUUCGAAGUCAUCGACAUCCCGGGGGGCAAUUCCUUCAGCAGAGACGAAGAUGUCAUCUCUCUCAGCUCCGAUGACCCCAUAACCUCAUGCGCGGAGCCCGAGUCUCUUCACGGCCCCUCCAUCUUCGCUUUCAAUCCAGACUCAGACAUCUACUCCAACCCUUCCACAUACGCAACCCAUCCCCUCCAUCACGACCCGGUCCACGACACCGAACCCCUCCCCUCUGACCAUCUCGCCUACGCCACAGCAGGCCGAAACCCCACAACCCCCUUCCAGGACCUCCGCUCCCCCUCCAAAGCCCACAACCGAACCCGCAAACACAGCGAAAAAUACUUUGGUCACCGCCACAUCAAACCCGGCCAACUCAACCAACCCCACUGGGAUACCUGGCCCCCCAACAAAUACAAUGUGUUCUACGAACCUGGCUGCACCAUCACCGUACCCAACACCACAUCCAACCUCCAACACGAAACCAAACCCACAAUAAUGACCAAAAAGCAACUCUACAUCGAAGCACAACGCUGGCCACGUCCGCCGAAACCUCCCCGGAAUCGGGUCGACAGAGAUCGAUGGCAAAUUGCAGCUCAUCAUGACAAAGAUCAUUUGGUGAUGAAGCACAUGCGUCAGAUACGCGAGCAGGAUGAGAUUGAAAUGUUUUGGGAUGAGGAGAUGAUUGAGGAGAUGGUGGGGAGGGAGCAUGAGGAUAUGGAAGUUGAUCCGCGAAUGGAGAAUUGGUGUGUUUGUGUUUGGAAAGGGUGUGAGGAGUACUGUGUCGAGCAUGGGUAUGGGGUUCGUUGA